GCUCGCGGCUCCGCUGAGGUCUCUAUGAAAGGGGGCGAUUUGAGGGUUCCGCCGUGACCGCUCCCAACGGCGGAGACGCGCGCUCUGGACCAGAGCCGUUGCCCGCUGUCUCGUCACCCCAAGCGGCCUCCUGACGCCGUGCUGGUGCGAGGGUCUCCAGGGGAAUUCGGGGCACAAAUCGGGCCCGAGCGUCCGGGCUGGUGUGGCACGAAGGCGCAGGAUCGGCGCUUUGAGAACUGAGCGCCUGUGGAGUUCGGAGGAAAAGGGCGCAGAUUGAAGAUGGAAAAUCCCCAGGACAUUUUCUCAAGUAAUGGUGGCUGUCUAAGUGAUAUAGUUAUAGAAAAAUACCUGGUUGAAUCCAAGGAGUCUGUGUCUCAUGUUCAGCUUGCUUGUAGCAUGCAAGACUGUGCUUUCCCUUUGGAUGGGACUGAACUUUGUAUAUGGAACACGAAGAGUCCUUCUCAUCAGCUUCUAAUCUUACGAGGACACCAUCAGCCAAUUACUGCUAUAGCUUUUGGAAAUAAAGUGAACCCACUUCUAAUCUGCUCGGCAUCGCUGGAUUACAUAAUAAUGUGGAACCUGGAUGAAUGUAGAGAGAAAGUACUUCAAGGGCUGGUCCCUCGAGGGACUGUCAUGGGCUCGCUUUUGGGAAAGGUGCUGUGUUUACAGUUGAGCCCGGAUGAUCAUGUUGUUGCCAUAUGUGCUGGAAACAAAGUAUUCACACUGGAUAUUGAGCAGCUAUUUUCUGUGACAUACAUAGAACAUCCUGAUGUUAAUAACCACCACAAAGUUCCAUCACUGACCUUCCUGCACACAUUCUCUCAGACUCAGGCUGUCCAGGCCGAGCUGCAGGGCCACCUGGGCCCAGUGACUGCGGUGGAGUUCUGUCCCUGGCAAGCAGGCACCCUCAUCUCCGUGUCCGAGGACAGAGGCUUUAAGGUGAGGGAUAGAUGAUGGACUGCGUGCCCACGUGGCACGCGCUAUGGAAAGACCUGUGGUGAGACAUAUCCUCUUCUCAGCUUGUUCAUUGAUGCAGAAAGCAGGCAGCUGGUCGCCGGGUGUGCUGACGGCCAGCUUUGGAUCUUCAGUUUGAUGGAUGGACACCACUAUCGUCGUGUGGCACGGGUUGACCUAAGGAAGAAGACAGAGACUUUCUCCACGAGAAGGCUUAAGUCUGGGCUGUGCAGUCGGCCAGAAGAAAGCCAGCUUCCAUCUACAAGUGUUCUGGGAAAAGGAGAGCAGGUUGAAGUAACAUUUCCUAUACUGAGACUUGCACCCUGCGAUCUCUCACUCAUCCCAAAUUCUGCAUGUGGAUGUCUUUCUUCUGAGAACCCCCAAUGCAUGUGGAUUGGAAGUUCGUUGGGCUUAUUCGUAUUUAACCUGGCAAACCUGGAAGUGGAAGCUGCUUUGUAUUACAGGGAUUUCCAGAGCCUCAGCAUCCCACUGGCCGGAUCGUGUGCCCUGAGGAACCGCACCGCAGAUCGCAAGACGCUGUGCUUGCUGGCCUCCCUCUUUGGCGGGAAGAUUGCCGUGUUGGAGAUCGACCCGGCCGCGCUGGUCAGGGCUCAGCAGUGCCCCAGCCUGAGGCAGAGCCUCUCGGUGCCAGCCAGCUCCUGUGUCCUACCGACCUCUCCACUGUAUCUGGGAAUUGCCAAGGAGAAGAGUCCCAAGGCUGCUAGUGGACGGCGAUGUGCUGCACGGAACGUCAUGAAGGACCAGCGCCUGGUUUUCCACAGUAAAGUCAGAUCAUCUGGUUAUGCGUCAGCACCACAUGUGACUAUGUUUUCACCAAAGACCAACAUCAAAAGUGAGGGGAAAGGAUCUUCCAGACGCAGGAACCGCUGUGCACGGGAGCCGUACCCCGUGGAGUGCGCUGUGCCCACCAAGCCCGGCCCCCAGGUUGCCGCCGCCCCCACCUGCACACGCGUGUGCUGCCUCCAGUACUCAGGAGAUGGGCAGUGGCUGGCCUGUGGGUUGUCCAACCAUCUAUCACUCGUUUUUGGUGCCAGCCUGACUGGGACACCUGCUGUGUUUUCAGGUCACGAUGGGGCAGUGAACACCGUGUGCUGGAGCCAGGACCGGAGGUGGCUGCUCUCUGCAGCCCAGGAUGGGACCCUGCGGGUGUGGUCAGCUCGUGGGGCAGAGCUCGCACUGCUUCUGGGCAGGGACAUGUUUUCUAAACCGAUACAGUCUGCACAGUUUUAUUAUAUAGAUGCCUUCAUAUUGUUAUCUUCUGGCCCUGAAUUUCAGCUACUGAAGUAUCACAUUGACACUUGCAAAGAUGAGAUGAAGAGAUAUAAACAGAAGAGCAAGUCCAAGCUGAUUUGCAGGCUCUCCACGACGGGUGCAGUAGACAUGACCAGUCUAUCAGCAGUCAACGACUUUUAUUCCCACAUCGUUCUUGCAGCUGGCCGGAACAGGACCGUGGAAGUGUUCGACCUCAACGCCGGCUGCAGUGCAGCGGUGAUAGCAGAAGCCCACUCGCGGCCUGUCCAUCAGAUCUGCCAAAAUAAAGGUUCAUCAUUUACAACCCAACAGCCUCAGGCUUAUAACCUCUUCCUGACCACGGCCAUUGGCGAUGGGAUGAGACUGUGGGACCUGAGAACCCUGAGGUGUGAGCGCCACUUUGAAGGGCAUCCAUCCCGCGGCUAUCCAUGUGGAAUUGCUUUCAGUCCUUGUGGGCGAUUCGCGGCUUGUGGGGCCGAGGACAGACACGCUUACGUGUAUGAAAUGGGCUCGAGCACGUUUUCUCACCGGCUGGCUGGGCACACAGACACCGUUGCUUGGGAACAAAUGAUGCUGUGUAAAAUAAUAACCAAAGCUGCUGCUGAGUGUCCCCCAAGAGCGAGGAGCUGUGUGCGGGUCUUUCCUCUUGUUAUCCAGUUCUUGCCGGCAGCUUUGUUUGCAGAUGUUAGCGCAGCUGUGUCUCAGAUAAGAGUGUGGGGAUCCAGACAGAUCAGUUUAUGUGCAGUUGAGAGUUUGCACCAGCAUCCCGACGGCUUCCAAGCCCACGCACUUAGGCCCCACUCUGCUGCGGCAAAUGCCUUUGAGCGACGCUUGGACGCUUCCCGUCGCCGCAGUAACGAGUCACUGCCGUGGGCCGCGGAGGAAAAGGCCGAUUUCCCGCCUGCAGCUCCGUGGUCGGGAGGCUGCGGGGCUCACGGGCUUAGCUCCCCCGGCAGGGCGGCUCCGGGAGAAUCCGGUGCUCGGCCUUUUCCGGCUUCCGGAGGCGCCGCCGUCCCGGCUCGGGGCGGGCUCCGUCUUCCGGGCCGAGAUCCCGUGCUCACUCCGACCGUCUCCCCGCCCGUCCUCCGCGUGUGGACACUGGGUCCUUGUCCGGCCCCUGUGAUUACACCUGGGACCUCCACAACCGUCCCCCGUCUGGAGGCCGCCCACGCAGCCACACCCGCCAAGUCCUCUUUCCCUGUGGGCGACUCUAGCCGCCCGUUCGCAGACGCCGGACCGUGGUGUGGACAUCGGGGGGCGCCAUGCCUGGCUCGGCCCUGCCCGGACCCCGCUCCCAGCCCCCAGCCGCCACCUCCGCGUCCCAUUCCCGCUUUCUCAGGUCGCCCCUGCUGUCCUCCCAGCAACCACCGGCAGGAAAUCACCUGUGGGCGCGGGGGUCCCGCCUCCUCGUCACCACUGGCAUCCCUCUUGUGGCCCACGUAG